AUCCAGCUUUCGAUAUAUACAUGCAUUCUUUAAUAAAGUAUAUAUUUUCACAAAGUGUAUAAGAAUUUUAACAUGUACACGUCUAGAGGGCAAGCUUCAACCACCGAUUCAGGCGGCCGAGACGAUGGUCCCGUCGAGGUUACUCUAGGAUAUUGCUGCGCUACCUACUUCUAUAGCAUUAUUUUCAUACUCGUUAUCACUCUUAUCUUUGGAGGUAUGGUCCUUUUGUAUCAUCUUGUCCUAGGCAAAUCUGCUUGUUACAUAGAGCUUUUUGCUCACUCCGUCUCCGUCUCCGUCUCAAACGUCACAAACGCAGCAAACGUUUCAACCGCUGAUUGGAGAACCGGUUUGGUUGCGAAGAGUCCAGUCACCAGAUGUAAACUCUCUCUCCAUACAGUCACGUCGCGUCUCCUUCGUGGCGACGAGGUUAUCUCCCAGGUAUCUCCGUCGCUGGAUGAUUUCGGGAGACUUGUUACCACCGAGAAGAAUGAUGAGCCGGUAACAAUUGUCGACUUCAAACAUGUGGUGACGUCGGGAGUUAACGGCAGCGUGGUUUGGGAUUAUCGUGUGGAGAGUGUCGUAGGGUUGAAGGCGGAAUUUGCACAUGGGUUCUUGUCGGUGAUUUGCAGCGGUAUUCCGGUGAAGUUUACUACGGAUUCGGCGGGGAACGUGUUUGGUUCGUUGCUCGGAGGUAUGCGACGAUGUGGAUAUUCACUCCGGGAUAACUUGAAUUCGGUUUAGAUAUUGAGUCUCUCCGCGAUCUUUGAUAUAGUUAUUGGCAUUAGGUUUAGUUUAUUUUCUUUAUUUCUAUUUUUAGUUUCUAAUUUAAAACGUUUUUAAUUAA